AUGGUCUGCAUCACCGUGGUCCUUCCUGCUCUCUUCGUCUGCCUGAAAGAGGAGCAGAUGACUAAGAUAAUCAAAGGAAUAUCAACUGAAUUGACCAACGACCAACCGCAGAAGUCCACUAAGGUGGCAAGCCUGAUUGGAGAGUGCAUUUUUGUUACCAUGAUGCAAUGCCUGCGUAACAAAAUGUCCUACUUCAUGUCAGAAGCCAAAUGCUCUCUGGAAAACGUGAUGACUUCAGAACACAGCAUAGAGAUGAUUCUUAUGUUUAAGAAGGAUUUGAUCAACUGCGUCUACCUGGAACUUCUCGCUAAUGGCAUGGGCAAGAAUUUUCCUGUCGACGAUAUGGAAAACAACUCGCAGGCCCGACCUUUCAAAUUACGCUGGGAAUUUUUCAUGUCUGUGCUUCAUUACUUCUGUCAGUGGGCAUCAUGGCAUCACAUGGAGUCGUUCCUGGAGUUGCCACACACCCUUCAAGAUGAUUUAGGAGGCUCUAUGACGAAAGCGGAGAGGACAACUUUGAAUGUCCUCACCAAAAAAUUGACCGACACCGUUACCGACAUGAUAGGCGAAGCCACCGAACAUCCAUUCUGGGUGGCUGAGAUGAUGAAACAAGGUUCGGCAUCACUUACUAAUGAUGCUGACGUUGAGUCCAGUUGCUCUGAGGAGACUCCAGAUUCUGAGGUGUUCAGCCCAAGUACUAAAACCGAGACAACAGGUGGACCGGUACCAUAUAAUCCUCGUGGAGCAUCCACUGCCCAGUCAUUCAUGAAACACAAUAGAUUCACAGAGCCUCAGCCACCGGUGACCAUGGAUGACAUCUGCUCUGUGGUCCCCAAAAAGGCUUACAAAAGAAUCAAAACAUCCCUUAAAGAAAAGCACAUUUCCAAGACCGAAAUGUGUGAUAGGGUUCAGUGGACGAUAGAGUGGCUAAAAAUGGUCUGCAUCAAUAUCGUCCUACCUGCUGUCUUUGUCUGCCUGAAAGAAGAGCGCAUGACUAAGAACGCCAAAGGAGGACAGAUCUUCUACAAGUCCACUAAGGAGGCAAGCCUGAUUGGAGAGAGCAUUUUUGUCUCCGUGAUGCGGUGCUUGCGAAACAAAAUUUCCUCCAUCUUACCGGAAGCCAAAUGCUCUCUAGACGACGUGAUGACUUCGCCAUGCAGCCUAGAGACAAUUCCUAUGUUUAAGAAGGAUUUGAUCAAUUGCGUCUACCUGGAACUUCUCGCUAAUGGCAUGGGCAAAAAUCUUCCUGUCGACGAUAUGAAAAAACACAUACAGCCCCAAUCUUUCAUAUUAUGCUGGGAAUUCUACAUGACGGUGGUCCAUUACUUCUGUCAGCGGGCAUCGUGGCAUCACAUGGAGUCAUUGCUGGGGUUGCCACACACGAUUCAAGAUGAUUUAAGCGGCUCUAUGACGAAAGCGGAGAGGACUACUUUGAAUGUCCUUACCAAAACAUUGACAGACACCGUUACCGAUAUGAUCAGUGAAGCCACCGAACAUCCAUUCUGGAUUGCUGACAUAAUCAGACAAGGCCAGAUAUCAGUUAGUCGAGGUGCUGGUGUGGAGAACUGCUUUAAGGAGUUUGAUGAGCUUUCAGGAAGAAGUUCAUCUGAGCCUGCCACUCCAAAGUCUGAGAAGGUGUUCAGCCCAAGCACUGAAACAGAGAAAACAGCCCGACAGCCGAACAGCACAGAAAAAGAGAAAAAGAAGUGCUCCUUCUUUUCCAGGAUACGUAAGUUCUUCUGUCUUAAAAGAAAACAUAACCGAGUAUAAUCUAGUCAGAUGAAUAGUCAUACCUAACUGUUAAUUUAGUUGUUUUAAUGUAAAAUGAGAUGAAACUACGUUUACAUUUCAGCGGCAUAAGCACUGCUUCAUCUAUUAGUUUUUCUCCUCAGCAGAUUUCAAUUCAGUCACACUUUUUAAGGCAGCAAAUGUAGAAUGAAAUCCUAUAGCUUCCAGUUCACUGGAAAACCACGAAAGUAAAUGCACAUAUAGAACAUUUUGACAGCAAAUUUAGAUUUAAAUCAUAGUCUUUUGACGAAAAUGUAGUUUCUUUUUAGUCAUAUUUUAA